GUGUACAUGGCAUGCAUUCUACACGGCCAUAGAGUUGGAGUUUCUUAUUACGACUCCAGUAUUCGCCAACUUCACGUGCUGGAAGUUUGGGAAGAUGGCAGCACGGACUUCCCCCUAAUUGAUUUGGUAAAAUAUCAAGCUAGGCCCCUGAUCAUUUACACAAGCACUAAAAGUGAAGAAUCCUUCUUGUCUGCUUUACAACGAAGUGAUGGAAUGACUGAGGCCUUUACGGUGAAGCUUGUGAAAAGUUCCAUAUUUAGCUAUGAGCAAGCAUGGCACAGACUGAUAUACCUUCGAGUCACAGGAAUGGAUGAUGGGUUAAACAUCAAGGAGAGAAUUUGUUAUUUGAGUUCUAUGAUGGACAUGGGAAGUGAUAUCCAAGUUCGUACCAGUGGAGGUCUUCUUGCCAUAUUAGAGAAUGAAAGGGUGGUAGAUACACUUGAACAAAUGGAAAGCGGGAAUGCAUCAAUUGCAAUCGAUUCUGUUAUAGAAGUUUCACUAAACAAUUUCCUUAAACUUGAUGCAGCAGCUCAUGAGGCAUUGCAGAUAUUCCAAACAGAUAAGCAUCCAAGCCAUAUGGGCAUUGGUAGAGCAAAAGAAGGGUUCUCUGUAUUUGGCAUGAUGAAUAAGUGUGUAACGCCCAUGGGGAGACGUCUCUUGAGCUGGUUCUUAAGGCCAAUACUUGACCUUGAAACUUUGAACUGUCGUCUCAAUGCCAUAUCAUUCUUUCUUUCUUCUGAAGAACUGAUAAAUUCUUUACGUGGAACUCUGAAAUCUGUGAAGGACAUUCCUCACAUACUCAAGAAAUUUAACUCCCCGAGCUCAAUAUGUACCAGUGGCGAUUGGACAGCUUUUUUGAAGAGUGUUUGUUCACUCUUGCAUGUGAACAAGAUAUUUGAAGUAGGUGUUUCUGAGAGUCUUCAGGAGCACGCAAAGUACUUGAAUUUGGACAUUGUUGAGAAGGCUGCUUCAUGCAUUACAACUGAACUGGCUUAUGUAUAUGAAUUGGUAAUUGGUGUUCUAGAUGUAAGUAGAAGUAAGGAGAAGGGAUAUGAGACAAUUGUAAAAGAUGAUUUCUGUGAUGAGUUAGAUGAGCUAAGGCAAAUAUAUGAGGAAUUGCCGGAAUUUCUGGAAGAGGUGUCACAGAUGGAACUUGGAAGACUGCCUCAGCUGUACAAAGAAAAGUUUGAUCCU